UAAAGUCAUGUCUGGCCGCGGUAAGCAAGGAGGCAAGGCCCGCGCCAAGGCCAAGUCGCGGUCGUCGCGCGCCGGCCUGCAGUUCCCGGUGGGGCGUGUGCACCGGCUGCUGCGCAAGGGCAACUACGCGGAGCGCGUGGGCGCCGGCGCGCCGGUGUACAUGGCGGCCGUGCUGGAGUACCUGACGGCCGAGAUCCUGGAGCUGGCGGGCAACGCGGCCCGCGACAACAAGAAGACGCGCAUCAUCCCGCGCCACCUGCAGCUGGCCAUCCGCAACGACGAGGAGCUCAACAAGCUGUUGGGCAAAGUGACCAUCGCGCAGGGCGGUGUCCUGCCCAACAUCCAGGCCGUGCUGCUGCCCAAGAAGACCGAGAGCCACAAGGUUAAGAGCAAGUGA